AGACCACAUUAUAAAAUGGCGAAGUUUUUGGAAAAAAAUCGUUUCUUGACUCGCCAAAAAGGAAACCAUGAAGAAGACCUCGAAAGGCGAGUCUGCAUUCUACGCGCCGAUUCCGGCCAACCCCGACCACCCCCAACACGUCGUCGUUUUAACUCAUUACCGCGGCCCCUCUCCCGACUACCACGAACGACGUCGUCUCCGCCUCUGCGUAUCCACCACCGUCGCUUUCGUCCUCCUCUCCGCCGCCGCGUUCUUCCUCUUCCCCUCCGACCCGGCCCUAGAGCUCGCCCGGAUCCACCUCAACCACGUCGGAGUCCACUCGUCGCCGAAGCUCACUCUGGACCUAUCGUUCUGGCUGACGAUCAGGGUCCGGAAUCGCGACUUCUUCUCUCUGGACUACGACUCGCUGGUGGUCAAAAUCGGGUACCGGGGGAGAGAGCUAGGGUUUGUGAGCUCGGCCGGCGGGCGCGUGAGGGCCAGAGGGUCGUCGUACGUGAACGCCACGCUCGUGCUGGAUGGGCUGGAGGUCAUUCACGACGUGUUUUACUUGCUUGAAGAUUUGGCUAGGGGUGUGAUUCCCUUUGAUACUGAUACGGAGGUGGAUGGAACUGUUGGGCUCUUUGUCUUCAAAAUUCCUAUCAAGGGAAGAGCUUCGUGUGAGGUGUAUGUGAAUACAAACAAUCAGACAGUUGUUCGUCAAGAUUGUUACCCUGAGUGAAGCGGUUGAAAUCAAGUGGUGUUAAAGCUGAAUUAGAGUUUUUACAACUUGUAGAGUAUGAGCAUGUACUAUAUGGGUAAAAUGCUUGGUUGUGCGAUCUACAGCUUAAAUACCGAAAAAAGAUCCUUGAAACAAAUUCAUCAUGUAUUCAACAAUUAAAUUGCAUGGUAUAUAAAUCAAACUUCAUUUCGUA